AUGCUUUUUGUCACACAAGGCCUUGUGUGGGUCUUUGGCAAUGGUUCAAUCAUGAAGAUCGUAGCGAAAGGCGAUUAUUACGGAGAACAACUUCUGGAGUGGCAGUUGAGCUCAGCCUCCUAUACCGAGGUGCCGAUCUCCACCAAAAAUGUCCAGUCCCACACCAAUGUCGAAGCCUUGACACUCAAGGCAGUGGACCUGAAGCUCAUACUCACGAAGUACUGGUGGAAAUUCCCAAUCGCUAAGCAAUAUAAGGCCGAGCUUCUGAAGCGAUUUGCCGUCAGCGCAAUCGGAGAAGCAUGGUUGCGCUGCCGACGCAGAAGGCAAAAACUUCCGUCGCAUAAGUGGCCAAUCGUCAACCGGAAAAUUAGAGGUGUCACCGCAUGGAUGCCAUCGUGA